AACAAGUCCAUACAAACAAGAGCAGCGAGUUGACAAGGUGAGUCGGGACUCGGGAGCCUGGAUAAUAGCACGCUGAAACAAACGUUCCCCUGAAUCCCUGAUAUUGACAAAAUGAAGUGACAAAGCCUUAAUCAAACCUCGUCAUCUUGGAUGCCUCCGAGAUACGGAGUAUGUAAAGCAUGCAUACCUGAGUUUGCCUUUCCAAUUUUCUCAAAGCGCGAGCUCCGCCGUUGACCGCCGCGCCACGACCGGCAACAAUGGGGGGAGGCGGCGGAUGGAGGAUGCUGGUCUCUGAUUUUGUGAUGUCAUUCAUGUGGGUAUGGUCUAGCGCCCUCAUCAAGAUCUUCGUCUACAGGAUCUUCGUGUUCGGCCACCACGAUCUCGACGGUGAGAUCCUCAAGCAUGCCCUAGCCGUCGCCGUCAUGUUUUUCUUUGCUCUCCUCGGAAAGGUCACCAAUGGUGGCGCCUACAAUCCCCUCACGGUCUUGGCGUCUGCCAUCUCCGGCGAUUUCAGCAAUUUCAUCUUCACCCUUGGCGCCAGAAUCCCUACCCAGGUACUUGGGUCAAUUAUUGGUGUAAAGCUCAUCCUUUACGCAUACCCUGACAUAGGAAGUGGACCGAAGCUGAAUGUUGGCAUCCAUGGAGGCGCCCUGACAGAAGGUUUUUUGACAUUCAUGAUCGUGAGUAUCUCACUCGGGCUUUCCAGAAAGAUCCCUGGAAGUUUUUUCAUGAAGACUUGGAUCUCCAGUCUCUCAAAAGUCACCCUUCAUCUGCUUGGCUCUGAUCUCACUGGUGGAUGCAUGAAUCCCGCAUCUGUGUUAGGGUGGGCUUAUGCUCGUGGGGAUCACAUAACCAAAGAGCAUAUACAAGUUUAUUGGCUGGCUCCUAUUCAGGCUACUCUACUGGCAGUAUGGUCUUUUAGGUUGCUGUUCCCGCUCCAAAAAGAUGACAAUGAAAAGAAGAAAUCCAAGAAGUUAGAUUAAAAAGCAUUGUUAGUCCGAGCUAUUCAUGUUAUGCGGUUAUGCCAAGUAGUUUUGGCUAAAAAAUCCUUCCAUGGUUCCUCUCAAUCUGCAUACAAUCGACUUGUGUAUGAAUUGUACAUAGCAUUUCAUAGCAUUGCCUUUUAUGAUAGUUUUAUGUGUAUAUAUACAAGCGAACAUUAUGCGCAUUGCCCGAAAGUGAAUGCCUAAUUUAAGUCAUGAAGAAUAUGUUUCCA